AUGAAGUUUGGUGAACAGCUCAAAUCGUCUCUUAUUAGAGACUACUAUUAUUACUACAUCUCCUACGAUGACCUAAAGGCUGACCUUAAAAAAACUCUUAAACAACACUCUUGGACUGAAAAAGAUGAAGAACGCUUUGUUGGUCUCCUUGAAGCUGAACUUGACAAGGUCUAUACUUUCCAAAAAGUUAAAAAUGGUGAAAUUGCUCGCAGAAUUAAAGAUGCUGAACGCGAAGUCAAUGCUGUUGUCCAUCAACUUGACCUUAAUGACCCUCCCACUGAACAACAAUUUGAAGACCUCGAAGAAGAACUCUCAGAUAUCAUUGCUGAUGUCCAUGACUUGGCCAAAUUUACCCGCCUUAAUUAUACUGGAUUUCAAAAAAUUAUUAAAAAACACGACAAACAAACUAACUGGACUCUUAAACCAAUCUUUUCUGUUCGCCUCAAUGCUAAACCCUUCUUUAAAGAUAAUUACGAUGUGGUUGUAGUCAAAAUCUCAAAACUUUAUGAUUUGGUCCGUACAAGAGGUAACCCAGUCAGAGGUGACUCUGCAGCUGGUGGUGCCCAACAAAACUUUGUCCGCCAAACUACAAAAUAUUGGGUCCAUCCUGAUAAUAUCACGGAACUUAAGCUUAUCAUUCUUAAACAUCUCCCUGUCCUUGUCUUUAACUCAAAUAAGGAAUUCGAGGUUGAAGACUCUGCAAUUACCUCCAUCUAUUACGAUAACCGUGACCUUGACCUUUACAAGGGCCGUCUCGAGAAAAAUGAAGGUGCUGAAGCCCUCCGUCUUAGAUGGUAUGGUGGUAUGAAAUCUGACUUGAUUUUCGUUGAACGUAAAACCCAUCGUGAAGAUUGGACUGGUGAAAAGUCUGUCAAGGCCCGUUUCCCCCUCAAGGAAAAACACGUCAAUGACUUUAUGGUUGGAAAAUACACUGUUGCUCAAGCUUUUGAAAAGGCUCGUAAAGAGGGGAAAAAACCUCUCAAGGAAAUUGAAUCCCUUGAAGCCCUUGCCCGUGAAGUCCAAUACUCUGUCCUUACCCGCCACCUUCGCCCAGUCAUGCGCUCCUUCUACAAUAGAACUGCCUUCCAACUCCCCGGUGAUGCUCGUGUCCGUAUCUCCCUUGAUACUGAACUUACCAUGGUCCGUGAAGACAAUUUCGACGGAUAUGACCGUACCCACAGAAACUGGCGUCGUAUGGACAUUGGUGUCGAUUGGCCCUUUAACCAACUCCCCCCCAAAGACGUUGAACGUUUCCCCUAUGCAGUCCUUGAAGUUAAGCUCCAAACUCAAAUGGGCCAAGAACCCCCACAAUGGGUCCGUGAACUCGUCGCUUCCCACCUUGUUGAAGCUGUCCCCAAAUUCUCAAAAUUCAUUCACGGUUGUGCUACCCUUCUCCCUGAUAUGGUUACCCAAAUCCCCUUUUGGCUCCCCCAAAUGGAUGUCGAUAUUCGUAAACCCAUCAUGGCUCACUACGGUAUUGAACACCCUGCCCACUACGGCUCUUCAAUCUCUGGCGGCUCCGAUGAUGCCGGUUACUUUGACGAGGAAGAACUUGUUGGUGAUGGCGUUGCUGCUGCCGCCGGAUCUGUAGUCCGCUUCGACUCUGACGCAAAUGCUCCCACCUCUUCCACCUCGGAAAAUGCCCCCCUCUUGGCUCACUCCGUUCCUAAACCUAAAAAUACCUUUUACAAGCCUGUCCAUUUUGAAAACCUCCCCCCAGCUCUUGGCUCUACCUUCUCGGCCCUCUACAACCCUAUUGCCAAUUUCUUUUUUGACGUUUUCAUCAAACAAGUUGAUGUCUCUACCAUCCCUGCUGGCACAGAAUUUAUUUCCGAUAUCAAGGUCCCCAAGGGUAAACGCAUUUGUGUGCCUGUCCGUGUAGAGCCUAAGGUUUACUUUGCCAAUGAACGUACCUUCCUCUCUUGGAUGCACAUUGCUAUCUUUUUGUCCACCAUUGCUGGUGGUCUCCUCAACUUUGGUCAGGGUGCCUCUCUCGAGGCCUCGCUUGGCUUCUUUCUCACCGCGGCUCUUACCAUCAUUUAUGGUCUUUUCAUGUACUUGUGGCGCAGAUACCACAUUCGCCACAAGGAUGCCGUGCGUUAUGAUGAUAUGAUUGGGCCUACCUUGAUUUGUGGCGCUAUUUUCCUCUCUACAGCCGCAAACUUUUACUUUAGAUAUACCCAGUCAUGA